AUGCUCUCUCUCCCACCUACUUCCAGUGGUCCCAGUGUACCAAGGUCUAAACAGUCCUUUACUGAUGCAUACGUCUUCAUUAUCGGCGGUGGCAACUACACUGAAUAUCAAAAUCUUAUAGAUUGGGCCUCUAGCGCAAACAACCCUGUCGGAGCUAGUGGAAGUAUUUCCAGUGGCUUAGCCGGCAGUGCUGCCAGCAGUGUUAGUGCUGUGGCCGAGGGUCUCGGCUUCGGAUCCUCCUCAUCUACCGGACGUACAGGGCUGACAGCCUUGGCGACUGGCGGGGCUUCGCGUCACGUUGUCUACGGUUGUACUGAGUUGUUGCGACCCACAGAGUUCCUUUCCCAGGUAAACAGGACUGAACCGGUUCUCUGA